AUGAAUUCUCUUCUGUUUCUAUUGGUGUUGGUCAACCUCACUAUUAUCUGUAAUGCAAAAUGGUCAAGUGAAACCCAAUCUGUUGCUAGUUCGCUUCCGUCCACCGGAAAUGCUUGUGGAGGUAUUUCACCAUUAACUCGUUGGGAAAGAACAAGUCGAUCAGACACAAUACGAAUGAAUAUUGACACGAGCAGUUGUCGAUUUGAAAAUACUCCGAUGUAUUUCACGAGCAUAUCGGGUACUGCUGGUCAUUACCUUCUUGUCGGUGUCAAUGCUAUCUAUGAACCGAGUAGAAAUGGCUUCAUUAUUAAUGUUCACUCAACAGACAAUCAGUCAGCCGAUACACUCAUGGGUUGGUCAGCUCAAUAUCAAUGGAACGUCAAUUGGUACGGCUUUUCACCUUGA